UCGGUCCUUCCUGCAGUGGGCGAGUUCUGGGAAGUGUAUUCCAAGACCCUCUUUCCGAUCAGUCUAUCCGGGCAUCCGCCUCAGCCCUUGUUCCAGUCUUUGGAGCCUUCCAGACGGCCACUCCCGGAGGCCGGAAGUGGGGGGGCCGGAAGUGCCGUUCCCAUCCCCGCCUCUCCGCCGCUCCUGUGGGCUCCGUUGAUGGAGUCGGAAGGUGGCGGCCCCUGGGUCGUGGCGCGCUUAGGAUCUGCUGCUGAGGGCGGGCCGGCCCUGUCCCUGGGCGUCCUUCUUCCCGAGAGCCCGUGACGAGAGCCAGCCCUGGCUUUGGGAGACUGCCCGGCCCCUUCCCUCACUUCCCCGCGCUUUUUCCUAAGGCGUUCCCAGGGGACGGCGGGAAGGCGGGACCUGGACAGCUGUCAGCCCCAGGGUCUUAAGCAGCUCAGGGUGGCCUCAAACUCACUGUGCCCCCAAGGAUGACCUCUACUUACUCCUGAUCUUUCUGCCUCCAACUCCCAAGUGUUGGGAUUACAGUGGCCCAAUGUCAUGGAACACGCCUUUAGUCACAGCACCGGGGAGGCAGAAGCAGGUGGAUCUUUGUGACUUCAUGGACUGCUUGGUCUGCAUAGCUAGUCCCAGGCCAGCCAGGAUAGUGAGACCCUGUCUCCAACAAAACAAAACACCAAAGUUAUGCCUUCUCAGGACAGUGACUUUCCUCCAAAGGAACAAGAGAAAAUGGCCAUAUUCCAGGAGGCAGUGACAUUCAAGGAUGUGGCAUUGGUGUUUACUACCGAAGAGCUGGGGCUGCUGGACCUCACACAGAGGCAGCUGUACCAAGACAUGAUGCUGGAGAACUUCAAGAACCUGGUUGCUGUGGGGUGCUUUCCCCUCAAAGCAGAUAUGGUAUCCCUCCUGGAAGCAGAAGAGAGGCUUUGGCUAAAGGAAACAGAAGUCCAAAGAAACGGCAGCAGUCCACAGGAGUCGGCGACUCUUGGGAGACUCGCCCCGAAGCAUCUUCCCCAGGAAGAGGUGUCUUGCUGGCACAUCUGGAAACAGGCUGCCCAGAAAUCGACCCGGUAUCUUCAGAGGAAGCGUUCUCAACUACUGCGACACUCUUCCAUUCAGGUUUCUGACAGUGGGGGCAACACAAAGAAUCACAAGGGAGAUGGCUGCAGGUGCCUUGAACAAGAAGACUUUUCAGUCUCAGGAACUCAGAAUUAUUGCCAAAAGUGGUGCCUGCAGGGAGCACAGAACCAGAGUGGGAAUAAGCGGGUCUGUGUGAAACGUGACUUGCGUGUGCGUACAGAUUUGAUGAGCAAGUCUUCGCUUUGUGAGCCGCUUAAAACCAACAAAGAACAGAAACCCCACAGAUGUGAUGACCGUGACAGACGGACUAAUGACAGUGUUCAUCAGGGACUGUCCUUAGGAGGGAGACCAUGUCUGCAGAGUGAGUGUGCCUCGGGGCUUCCAGUUCACCAGACUGUCUCCCCAGCAGAGCGCUGCAGCAGUCAGUGCUCACACCCAGGAGAGCAGUUAGAGAAACACCACCCAUCUAGUGAUCACUUCAACAAGAGCCCCUCUCGUUCUCCUCAGACCAGUCACACAGACGGAAAGUCCCACAGAUGUGACAGUUGUGGGAAGAGGGUCAGCGGCAGCCAGGGUCCCAUCAUUCACAACAGCACUCACACGGGAGAGAAACCUCACGAAUGUGAGGAGUGUGGCAAGUGUUCCAGUCAGAGCUCAGAUUUCCAGUGCCAGCAGAGGGUGCGCACUGGUGAGGAGCCACACAGGCGUGAUGUGUGCGGCAAGGGUUUCAGCCACAACUCUCCGUUAACAUGCCAUCCGAGAGUCCACACUAGAGAGAAACCGUAUAAGUGUAAGGCAUGCGGGAAAGGGUUUUCCCGAAAUACAGACCUCCACAUCCAUUUACGAGUUCACACAGGAGAGAAGCCCUGUACGUGUAAGGAAUGCGGGGAAGGCUGCAGGCAGGCUUCCAACCUUCGAGCCCCUCAGGACACCCAUGCCAAAGAGAAGCAGUUCAAGUGUGAAACAUGUGGGAAGGGCUACACUCAGUCCUCGAGGCUUCGCAUUCACCAGAGAGUCCAUGCUGGAGAGAAACCAUACAGCUGUAAAGUGUGUGGGAAGAGCUUCUGUUAUAGGUCAAAUUUUGCACGACACCAAGCAGCACACACCAGAGAGAAACCGUAUAAAUGUCAGGCGUGCGGGAAGAGCUUCAGCGGGAGGUCAGACCUUCAUGCUGACCAGAGAGUCCCCUCAGAGGAGAAACCCUACAAGUGUGGAGAGUGUGACAAGAGCUUGAGUCAGUCCGUUGAUUGUCAGGUACGUCAGCAGGUCCACACUGGAGAAAAACCCUACAGAUGUGAUAUCUGUGGGAAAGGAUUCAAGCAGGCUUUUGGCCUCCAUUCCCAUCAGAGAGUCCACACUGGGGAGAAGCCAUACAAGUGUGAUGUGUGCGGAAAGAGUUUUAGGUACAGUUCCCAGUUUAUCUACCAUCAGAGAGGCCACACCGGAGAGAAACCUUACAGAUGCAAGGAGUGUGGGAAGUGCUUUGGCAGGAGCAUGGACCUUCGCCACCAUCAGAGGGUCCACACAGGAGAGAAGCCUCACAAAUGUGAGGAGUGCGGAAAGGCCUUCAGUCUGCCCUCCAACCUUCGAGUCCAUCUGCGUAGUCAUGUAAAGGAGAAGCUCUUCAAAUGUGAGGAGUGUGGGAAGGGCUUCAGUCAGCGCUCACGUCUUCAAGCUCACCAGAGAGUCCACACUGGAGAAAAACCGUACAAGUGUGAUAUCUGUGGGAAAGGAUUCAGUCGCUCCUCUGGCCUCCAUUACCAUCACAGAGUCCACACGGGGAAGAAGCCGUACAAGUGUGAUGUGUGUGGGAAAGGCUUUAUAUACAGUUCCCAGUUUAUUCUCCAUCAGAGAUGCCACAGUGGAGAGAAACCUUACAGAUGUCAGGAGUGUGGGAAAUGCUUUGUCAGGAGCCUGGACCUCUACCACCAUCAGAGGGUCCACACGGGAGACAGACCUCACAAAUGUGAGGAGUGUGGGAAGGCCUUCGGUUUCCCCUCCAAGCUUCGAGUCCAUCUGACUAUUCAUACCAGGGAGAAGCUCUUUAAGUGUGAGGAGUGUGGGAAGGGCUUCAGUCAGAGCUCCCGUCUUCAAGUUCACCGGAGUGUUCACACUGGAGAAAAACCGUACAAAUGUGAUAUCUGUGGGAAAGGCUUUGAUUACGCUUCCCGCCUUCGAUACCAUGAGAAAAUCCAUACCCAAAGAAAGUAGCAGUGGGUGUGGUGGCACAUGCUCGUGAACCCAGCGUUCAGGAGGCCGAGACUGGAAGAUGAUAG